CCAGCCGUCGGAUACCAACGGUUGGGAUUGGUUGAAAUUUUAGAGUCUAGGGUUUUUGGUGAUGGAGGACGCGCCCACGCGCUACGGCAAUGGCGAUUCUUCCUCGUCGCGGGGCGGCGGCGAUUCUCGGAAACAGGCUGUGCUGGAGCGGCUGGCGGGGCUGGAGCCCUGGGAUCUGUGUAGCGAGGCCAAGGUGGAGAAAUGCAGGGCUACCAGGGAUUUGAGGAGCUGUGGGAGAACCGUGCAGCAUCUCCUCACAUCUUGCGGCCACGCGUGCCUGUGCCUGGAAUGCUGCCACCGCUGCGACAUUUGCCCGAUCUGCCGGAUGCCAAUUCCGAGAAGUGGGGAGGCCCUCAAGCUCCGCCUCUACGACGAAUGCGUGGAUGCUGGGCUCCUCCCUUUCUUCCAGGAGGAAGAGUUUCAAGAGAAAGAAGAAGACGGGCCUUACUGGACGCUGGAUGCCUGGAGACUUUGCUCCUUCUUUGACAUCUCUGUGGAGAACAGCAUGGCAUCCUUGGUUUGUCACUAUGUGACCGACGUUUGCAUGGACGAAGCUGCGAUUUCAAGUGAUCCUGUCAUCUCUAUGCUUCUUGAUGGAUCCGUCGUGAAGGAGUGGUGCAAGAGAACGUUCCUCACGACAGUGAGAAAGCUACGCGAUAUAUAUAAUUCCAAGCCAACACAAAGCAAAGCCGAUGUUUUAGACAGGCAUGGGAAGAGACUACAGGGGUUGUGCUACGUACUGGAUGCACUUGAGGCACCACUUACUGCUAGUUCGGCAUCUCUAGUGGAGUUGCAGCAGCUUUUAGAAAGCGUUAGGAUAGUGAUCCAGCAUUUGGAUCUGAUGACAUGGUGCAUACGGCAAAAGUUCCUUGAUAAUGUUCCGAGCUGCUUUACGAGCAUUGCUCACUGGAAGGUUGCCUUUCAAGAACGAAAAUGGGCUGCAAACGAUAGAGUAUGGCCAGAGUACAUGGCCAACACUGGACGGCUGGGACCAAAACAUGCGGGCGCACUCUUCAUCGAAGACGCUUUGAGCAUUGGUCUUGGAAAGGACGACGGCGAUUCGAGCAACUUGAUGCUUGAUCUCGGAUCAUUGAAGCAUGGAAACCUCGCUACGUAUCAGGCACCUGACAGUGACUAUCCUCCAGAAAGUACUCGUGCAGCGGUUGACGCUCUUUUUCUGGAAGGAAGCUCUGAUCUCUUCUUCGCCAAAAAGGCAAUCUUUCUCUAUUACUUGUUUGAUCGGCACUGGACGUGUCCCGAGCUUCAAUGGAGACAUGUCAUCGAAGAUUACGUCAUGACCUUCUCGAUACCAAGACAGUCAAUGCUGGAGUCCUUCGUUUUCUACCUUCUUGACAACAAAAGUGAUGAGGCAUUACAGGAGGCCUGUCGCUGGAUCCCAGAGAUUGUUAGUCCGAGUCUACAUCCAAAAGUUUCUCUCGUUUUGCUGGAGAGAGGAAGGCCUGAUGCAGCCUUGUCGGUUCUACAAUCAACUGGUCGGUUUAGGCCACGCGAGGAAAUAUUGACACCGCUACCACUGUCCGAGGCGGUGACGGUUGUCAGAGUGUUGCUUGAAUGCAGCAUGCUAAGUGAAGCUUACCUCUACCAACAAUCACAUGUCAAGGCUAUCCGAACUAACACCAAGCAGCAGAAGGACGAAGAUGUAGUUGCCAGUGACUGGGUGCAGGAAAUGGACGUUUUGUUAGGGGAAGUAUGCUUCAUCUGCAUAAGGCAGAACUGCAUGGUAAAGGUGUUGGAGCUGCCUUGGAAGCUGGACGAGGAGAAAGUUCUGAGGAAAUGUCUUCUUGAGCAGGCGAUUGAGGAUCCAUCAUCGUCCUCUGGAAGUCUUCUGGCCGUCUUCUAUCUUCAGCGGUGCCGUUUCUCAGAAGCGUAUGCAGUCCAUAGGCGCUUGCUCAGCCUUGAGCGGCAAUAUAUAAUGGAGAACAUGAGCACAGACGUGGUGCAAAGGAUAUGUGAGCAGCGAACAAAACUGAUGGAAAAAUCGCUGGAGAUACUCCCGGAAGUGGAGCGUGAGCAGCUAAUGAACGCUACGGAGGAUGGCCGGCUCGACAACAUGGACUUUGAUCCAUCACAGGCGGCAGAAGCAACCUCGCGCGUAGAGGAAUUCAGCUUUCGGCAACUUCCAACGCUCCCUUCGAGCAUGCCCCUCACGAGCACAAUACCAGAAACUCCAGGCUUUAGACAACGAGCGACGACGCCGGCCAAGAGUCCCGUGCUGUCGCCGCUGAGAUCUCCGUUUCUGUCAGCGGCCAACAAGCCCGGAGGACUCGUGACCCCGGGAAUGAGUCCGCUGCUCGGUAAGCGCUUGAGAUACGACACUGACGCGAGCUUUUAUGGGCAGACCAUUACUGACUUUGAAGCUGCUCCUCGAGAGCAUGUCCCUGCCAACGAAGACCGCAACCACGCCAUGGUUGUCUCCUGGUAGCUGGUAAACAUGUCUAAUUUUGCUAAUGUUUUGAAAAUCUGGAGCUUCCUCCAAUUGCUUCUGCAAGGCAUUCAUUCGUUGUUUUCUUCGGGUACGCAUCUUUUCUAGUUUCUCUUCGCAAGUUUCUCACGAGGAGCAAGCUUUCUUUCCUUUGUUUUUUUGUGGUAGUAAUUCUCCAGAGCGCAGCCACACCCCCGUUUUGGGAUGACACGAGUGGGAGAAAAAUGAUAGGUACUUGGAAUUAAGCAAGUGCUUUGUUUCUUAUCUUCGUCCUCUCUCUCUCUCUCUCUCACACACACACAGAGUGAAACGCUUGCUCUUGCUAGAUCCCGAAGAAGGACCAGAUGCUUUUGGUUUUGCUUGCCUCUCUGGAUCACAACCAGCAUUCCUUGUGAGGAAGAAGUCACGAGCAACGAAAACUUACUUCGAUCGCCCGGCGAAGACGUCUUGCAGCUCUGUUGGGGUGGGGCGGCCUGCGAAUGUUGCUUCCUGGAUGUAUGUCUCACUGCUGUAGCCUGUGUCAAUUCGCUUGUGGACUUCGUAGGGGCCAGGAUACUUCAUCCUGCAACAUCAAACAAUUUUUUUUCAACGGAGGAA